CCAAAAAAUAACAAGCGAAUCUGAGAGCCAGCUGACCCCCUUUGGCGGCGACACUCUCCUGAACACUCCAUUGUCAUUUCUCUUGCACCAAAACGCACCGUAUUAAUGGAAUGAAUUCAAUUGUUUUCGUUGUUUCUUUCUUUGGCUUCUUCUUCUUCAGCCAAUGUUGGAACUUGGAACCGUAGCGCACCAAAAUCCUUAUAUUUUCUUUUCUUUUCUCUCUAUCCAAACACACAAAUGGCUUCUCACCGCCGCCACCGGCAUCAACCCCACCUUCACCACAAUAACAAUAACCGCCUCCGUCUUCUCCACCCUGCCAUCUUCGCCAUUUUCGUUGUCCUUUUCAUUCUCUUCCUUCUUCUGUCUGUUCUAGCUCCUUCUCCCACCGAUUCGGAGCAGCUCCGUCAUGGUACCAGCCACGUAUUGCCUAUGCUUAUUGACGGUCCAAGUGGAGGACCUGUAUUUCGUGUUCCCAGAGAUGGUGGCUUAUUAGAUCGUGAUAUUUGGAGCUCAAGAAAUGCCCAAUAUUAUCAUGGAUGCAGUGAUUCUAGCAAGAAAUUUGCAAAAGCUGAAGACAUAACUCGUCCUAAUAGAUACCUGGCAAUAGCUGCUAGUGGAGGCUUGAAUCAGCAGAGAACUGGGAUUGUAGAUGCUGUUGUUGCUGCCCGGAUUUUGAAUGCUACUCUUGUUAUUCCAAAGCUGGACCAGAAAUCUUUCUGGAAGGAUGCUAGUAACUUUUCGGAGAUUUUUCAUGUUGAUCGGUUUAUAUCAUUCUUGUCAAAAGAUGUAAAAAUUAUAAAGCAACUUCCAAAGAAGGGAGGGAAAACUUUGACUACACAUAACAUGCGUGUUCCAAGGAAGUGUAAUGAAAGAUGUUAUCAGAAUCGUGUAUUACCAAUUCUUUUGAAAAGGCAUGCAGUUCAGCUAUCCAAGUUUGAUUAUAGACUCUCGAACAGGUUGGAUACAGAUUUGCAAAAGUUGAGAUGUAGGGCUAACUACCAUGCUUUAAGUUUUACUGACUCUAUUCGUGAAAUGGGUGAAAAACUGGUCCAACGAAUGAGGUUGAGAAGCAAACAUUUCAUUGCUUUGCACCUAAGGUUUGAACCUGACAUGCUUGCAUUCUCAGGAUGCUAUUAUGGUGGAGAUGAUAAGGAGAGAAAAGAACUUGGUGCGAUACGUAAGAGGUGGAAAACUUUACAUAUCAACAAUCCUGACAAGGAAAGGAGGCAUGGGAAAUGCCCACUGACUCCACUAGAAGUUGGUCUAAUGCUUAGAGCACUCGGAUAUGGCAGUGAUGUUCAUAUCUAUGUGGCUUCCGGUGAAGUAUAUGGAGGGGAAGAGACAUUGGCACCUUUAAAAUCACUUUUUCCACACUUCCAUUCUAAAGAGUCUAUUGCAACAAAAGAGGAGUUGGCACCAUUUUCUCGUUUCUCAUCUAGGAUGGCUGCAUUGGAUUUUAUUGUUUGUGAUGAAAGUGAUGUAUUUGUUACCAACAAUAACGGUAAUAUGGCUAGAAUGUUAGCUGGAAGAAGGAAGUAUUUUGGGCACAAACCGACCAUUCGUCCAAAUGCUAAAAAACUCUAUCGGUUGUUCUUAAACCAGACCAACAUGACAUGGGAAGUAUUUGCCUCCAAAGUUCGAAGUUAUCAGAGAGGCUUCAUGGGAGAGCCAAAUGAGGUAAGGCCAGGCAGGGGUGAGUUUCAUGAGAAUCCAGCCUGCUGCAUUUGUGAAGAUACUGUGCUCAAGGCAAAGAGCGAUUCUUUACCUAGAAAAGUUGGGAAGGGGAUGGAGCAUACCGAAUCUAAAAAAGAAGCUAUUAUAAGUGAUGAUCAAAAUGAUGAUGAUGAACUGGAAUUGUCUGAGAUGGAUGACGAUGAAGAUCAAAGAGGCUUUCCAGAGAAGGGUCUCUACAACGGAACUGCUUCCGAUUAUGAUGUAGCCACCUCUGAGGAGCCUGAGUUGGAAGAAAUGCUUUCAGACUAAACAGUUGUUGGCUCUACCUCUUACCUCAUUGAGGAGAUCUCUUUCCUUCCUGUCCCCUUCAGAAAUUUUGUAGCUCUAGCCAAAUUGUUGUAACCUUCUUUCAGAAACUUCGUAUUGUACAUUAUUGUACAUAAAAAACAUUGGAAUGGAGAGAAAAGAAGGCAUUCACAGUGAUCUGUGGAAUAUUGAAUUUUUGACAGCGACAAUUAGGAUGGAUCAUUUCAUAAGCCAUGCCAAUGGACGUUUGGUCUGGUAAGAUAUACACUGAAGAUUUUUUAUUCCCUUUUGCAGUUAAGGUCGAAGUCAGGUGAUCAAAGACAAAUUUUGAAACCAAGGUACGACUGCAGAAUAGCAUUCUUACCAAGGUCUCUCGCUUUCUGGAAAAGAAAUGAACAGUUUUGAUAAUAAUGCAUAUUCAGUCACAAAGCUGGUUUUCAGGACUGCGUCAUGGCUGGCUCUGCCCCUGUGCAAUUGAUUCUGAACUGCUAGGUAAUCAACUGGAAUUUAUCUUAUAAACAUUACUGGAGAGUAGAAUGGUAGGUGGCGGCUUUGGAAAAAAAUUCAAAGAUUAAAGGAUGAGUUUUUUUCUUUACUUUUUUUUUCAUAAUAAUUUUGCUUGAUCUGUGAGUUGCAGUUGUUUUGUAUAUUUGUGAGUAGCUGAAGGAAUUGUGGUAUAAAUCUCUCGUGUAUGUCGUUGUAAUUAAUUAUCACCUGUUCAUCAGUUGUAUUCUGGAUAUCCCACGCUCUACAAUAAAUUUUAGUGUUUUCUUUCAA